AUGCAUCCCGCCGAGCCUUGGCUGAGAAGGGAUGGACCAAGGCAACGGUGCCCAAACAUUUUGGCAGUCUGCUUUCUCGGGAUGCAUAUUGCGAAUUCUGCAUUGAGGAGGGUCCAAAGGAGGGUGGGGGAAAGGGGUAUGAGAAGGCACCAAGGGGGUUUCAGAGUAGUUGCAUGUCUGGGAAAUCUGGAUAGUCUGCGGGUCCUUGCCGGAACACUGAAAGGCUUUCAUUGUUUUAGGAGGAUUCUGAUGAGAAACCACACCGAGGUCCAAGCAUCCAACUCUGCUGCCCGGAGCACAGCUCCAUUGGGCUGGGCACCGCCAAAUGCGGCUGUGUUUGUCUGAAAGACGGUCCCACAGCGGGCUCACAAAGCCAGCCUCUCCCAGAGGUCAGAAGCGACGCAGGGACCCCCUGCAAGGUCUCGGGGGAACUUUGGAGUCAGUGGUGAGACCUAAGAGACCCCGGCCUAUAUCAUGGCGCUGUGCUCCAAAGAGAGGUACAGGUACAGAGCCGCGGCCGCCUCGAAUGUUCACCGGGACGUUCCGUGGAGCCCACGUCGGUCUGACCGGCCACAGCCAGACCCGCUGCUCCCUGUCUCCAACAUGGUGAGGUCAUUUUGGUUCUCUUCCAGCACGGGGGACAAGCACCGCCCCCAAAAGGGAAGAACUGGACACACGAAACAAGCAAAGACUGCGAGGGACUCUGAGAGGGCGGCCUGGUGACCCCGCUUGGAUGUGCACUGGGAUUGUGUCCAUUUACUGAGGUCUCCUGAGAAGGUCUUGGCCCCUUCGCUGCCAGAGGCGCCCAGGAGCCCCUUAAGCGAGCCGGACUUUUGGCUUAAAACCUUUGCCCACUUUUGCCCUGGCAUCAAGGGAUGAAACUUAGGGAGGGAGGCACGAGGCGGGAAGAGUUCUCCUCUGGCAAUCUGCGGCUGAGGGAUGGAGUGGGGCUGUACGAUGAGAGAAGACCCAGCUUUUUUUUUUUUUUUUUUUUUUUUUUUUGCCUGCUCACGUCUUCUGCACAGGACUGAGACUGUCCUAUCUUAGCCUCAAACCAUCAAUGACAACUCAUAUUUUUUCUAGUAAAUUUAUCUUUACUUCACAUUGCUUUAUGAUGGGAGAGAAAAAUCAGAGCAAAAGGGAAAAACCAUGGGAGAGAGGGAAAAAAAUCAGGAAAAAGAAGGGAACACAGCGUGUGUUGAUUUACAUUUAGUCUCCUUAGUUCUUUUUCUAGAUGCCGAGAGGGUUCGUUUUUGAGCGUGAGGCAGGCACUGCGGUAGGAGCUGGGCAAAUGCUGAAGACAAGCGGUCCUGCCCUCAGAGGCUGGCUCUCCGGGGGAGGCAAGACGUGCGGGCACACGUGUGUACAGAAAGCACGGGGAAGCCCCGCAGCUGGGGGUGGGCUCCCCCACAAGGCAGUCCUAGAACUGAACUCCAAAGGAAACCCCGGGUUGUGAGAGGCUGAGAGGAGGAGCGAUCGCAUUCCACGCAAGCAAAACAAGCACAAAAGCAAGGAGGCAGGAGAUGAGCGGUCAGAUUAGUACAGUUGGGACCACUGGGCGUGGCAAAGGGUGUAAUGGAUCAGGGGGCUGUGGGCUACGCGGGUCCCAGAAGAUUCUAGGGUAUGCAAGGGGUACGUGAGAAGUCCAGAGGCUUGAGGAAGACCACUUUGGCCGCUGAGUGGAGGAUAGCCCGGGAAGGGGCGGGACUGGAGCAUGCCGGCCAAUCGGGAGGUGACUGUUCAGAGGGGGCGAGAGGGGCGGGGCUCUAUUUAUUACGUCCGUCCGGAGGGAGUGUCGUCACGUGACCCCUACUGUUCCCUCGGCUCCUCUCUUUCCCUUCCCGCCUGUGCGCGCGGCCCAGUAGAAAGGGCGGAGCGAAGCGCGGCCCGCCGCGACGGCGCAUGCGUAUGCGUGCGCGCGCCCGUCUCACUGCGUGCCCACGUCAGCCCGCGCUCGACCCCGGAGGCGGGAGUUUGUCCUCGCGGCUGCUCGGCGUGGGGGCGGGGUCCUGGAGAGCCAGACUUGUGCGGCACGGCUGAGAGCUCUCGGGGUCGACAGGUCCAACUGAGAUGGAGGCAUGCAGCGGCCGCCCGCUCACCGGGGAGGGUCAGGAGAACCAGAUUCGCAGGGGCAGCGAUGGGCUAAUCCCCCGGGAGGAGUUCACGCCGGCGGGAAUGAGUCAGGGCAAACAUCAACGACAACUUGAUAGCCAAGAAACAAAUGGAAGGAAACCUGUCAUCUCCACUUCAAGUGAUUUCAGUGACCCAAUUUACAAAGAAAUUGCUGUUACCAAUGGAUAUAUUAAUCGAAUGAGUAAGGAAGAGCUCCGAGCUAAACUUUCAGAAUUCAAGCUUGAAACCAGAGGUGUGAAGGAUGUUCUCAAGAAGCGGCUCAAGAACUACUACAAGAAGGAGAAACUGACCCAGCAGCGUGAGGAUGGGGACACUGGCAGCUACUACGACUACAUCUGUGUCAUUGACUUUGAAGCCACCUGUGAGGAGGGCAACCCCCCCGAAUUCACUCAUGAGAUCAUUGAGUUUCCAAUUGUCUUAUUGAACACGCACACCCUAGAGAUCGAAGACACAUUCCAGCAGUAUGUGAGGCCAGAGAUUAACACACAACUUUCUGACUUCUGCAUCAACCUCACAGGAAUUACACAGGACAUGGUGGACCGAGCUGACACUUUCCCCCAGGUGCUUCGGAAUGUAGUGGACUGGAUGAGGCUAAAGGAGCUAGGAACUAAGUACAAAUACUCCAUAUUGACGGAUGGUUCAUGGGAUAUGAGUAAGUUCCUGAAUAUUCAGUGUCAAAUCAGCAGGCUCAGAUACCCUUCUUUUGCCAAAAAGUGGAUCAAUAUUCGAAAGUCAUAUGGAAACUUUUACAAGGUUCCUCGGAACCAGACUAAGCUGACCAUCAUGCUUGAAAAGCUGGGGAUGAGUUAUGAUGGGCGGCCCCACAGUGGCCUGGACGACUCCAAGAACAUCGCUCGCAUCGCGGUCCGAAUGCUUCGCGACGGCUGUGAGCUGCGGGUCAAUGAGAAGAUGCAUGGAGGGCAGCUCACGAGUGUGUCCUCAUCUUCACCCGUAGAGGGCGCCCCAGCCCCACAGAUGCCACAUUUCCGAAAUUAACAAUUAAGAUUUAUUGCCUCCUGGUUGGUAACACUGCAGCUUGGGUUGCUACCAAAAGUUAACAGAUGGUUAAUCACUUAUUGAACUAAUUCUACAAUGCAAAAUUCAAGCACCUUAGAUGUUUAAAAGUUUUAUUACAGAUAUAUAUGCAUAUAUGUGUAUUUUGUUGAACAAAUAUAUAUGUAUAUAUGAGUGUGUGUAUAUAUAUUUGUUGAACAAACAGCAGAUGGAGGGAAUAUUUGAAUUCAAUGCCACCAGCACUUUUAGUUCUUAAAGUAUUGUUAACAAUUCUCAUAUAUGUGUUUGUGUGUGUGUGUGUAUGUGUGUAUACGUCGGUGCACACACACAAACAUAUAUGUGUGUGUAUAUAUAUAUCUGUAUGUUCCUUUUUGGAAGUGAGCUUGAUCAUUUGCGAAUACGAAGAGCCCAGUCUGCAUUUGGGUGGGCUUGUCCUUAGCCAACAUACAUUUUCCCAUCUGGGAAGUGCUUUAUUCCCAGAUAGUCAUUGUGCAUUCCUUUUCCUGCAUCUGACCUAGAUGUUCUGGACUGCAGGAAGAAAGGCUGAAGUCAGGAGUGGGAUGGCAGGCCACCCUCCGACUAAUGUGUAUGGCACAAUCACCCAUCAGGUCACUGGUACAGUUUAAAAGAGGAUCAGUCUCUGGGGUGGGGGGAGGGGGAGAGCAAAAAUCAGGUCAGGUCAUUGAAUCUGAUGAAAAAUGUACUAAUUAAUGCAGAUUACUGACAAAAAAAAAUGUGGAGUUUGGGGGAAAUCAUAGAAAACAUAGCAUUGAACUUACUCUGCAUUUUUUAGGAGGAUUGGGUUUUUAGGGCCUUUUUUUCCCUGUCACAUAAUUAUAGGCUGAAACUUUGCGAGACCAAGUAAAUACUAAGGAUAAUGAGACUUUGUCUCAAAUUAGUCAUAAAAAUCAAGCAUCACCAUUCACAUUCAGCACAGUCAAGGAGGAGAAAAAAGUAAAAGUAAUGCAUUCCACUCCCAUUUUAUAUUUUUAGGAGACUGAAGAACCUUAGAUUAGAAAGUCCUCGGAGAUCAUUUACAACAGUCCCUCAUGUUGUAGGGAAGGAGACUGAGGCUCAGGAAUGCUUGGCCCAGAGGCCUUCUUUGUCCCCUGCUGGCUUGUUCUCUGCAGUGUGUAAAAAGACCCAAACCAGUGGGGCCACCGUUAUCGGAUUUGUUUCCAUAUGGUAUGUUGUAUAUAAAUCGUUUGAGUUGCUCACCACAUGUUAAUUAGUGAUCGUUGAUGCCGAGACAGGAAGAGAUCAGUUCUUAUUUUCUUCAAAGAAAGCACAUUCUAAUGGUGGACAAAGGAGGAGGAUGUUUUGCCUAGAGACAGAAACCUCUGUUUGGAUGUAUUCAGAAAUUGUUCUUGUCGCUGCUUCUUCCUGGAGCCCAGCUUCUUCCGUGAUCUUCACUUGAACAUGCUGUGCACCCACGAAAGAGGCCCUGGGGACUCCUCUCUGUCUCGUUAGGGGAGGCCUCACACUUGCAGAGCAGUGGGGUGGUGCUGGGGUGACUGUCUUCCCUGCCUUUAGUUGUGUUUGCAGGGUGGACACAUUUGCUCAUUUGGUUGACAUAUAUCAAUGACAGCGCCAUUACAGCAUUCUUUAAUUAGUCCACUGCAUUAUAAUAUAUUUUUAUUUUCAUUUUCACUUGAAAAAUGCCUUUUAUUUAAAGAUCUCUGAGGACAGAAAUGAAGAUGUAUUUGAUCAUACAUUUAUUCUUUUUGCCUUUGGGGCAAUAGUGUUCAGUUUCAGUAAAGGAUAAAUUGAUGGAGUCAUGUUGCAGAACAUGGCAAUGUACGCCAUCUUUCUUUAAAAAGCUUGAUGAGUGAGUUAAGUAGACCUUAUUGUCAAUAGUGUGUUUCCUUUCCCUUUCUAGGGGAAAUUCUUCUUAAAAUGACACUUUAAUUUUUAGGAGUCCUUUAUUUUUGUCUUGUAAGUCAUUGUGCCCUGAUCACACGCGCCUCUCUCAGGCUUCAGAAGGUCAUGCUCUGUCUCUGCUUUGCCGGCCAAACCAAAUAUUGAUUUAAUUUGGACACCAUGUACCCUCCUGGUCUCUUUUGGAGCUGCUGUUCUGUUGAUCUCUUCUGUCCAGGAUGAUUUUCUCUGUUGAAUAAUAGUGUCCCUCCCUUCCCCUUCCUAGCACCAAUCAGGACCGACUUUAGUUUUACCAUCUGGAGCUCCAGGGAGAGCCCUUUAUCCAUCUCAUUUCAUGAUUUGGUGGUGGCGGGCUUCUCUUAUUUUCUCACUGGUAACUUGCCGACAAAUGCCUUUCCAAUGUUCCAGGCAUGCACCUUAGAAGCAGUGCUAGAAGAAGCAUUUUAUUUUUGUUAACUUUUUAUAAGUGGCCUUUUGCCUUGGUUUCCCUUUGAGUCAUCUCCAAUCAGCUAUGCUUGAAAUUCCUGUUAAAUCUUGUAUCUGUUAGAUCAGCUGUUUGGCUCAAGCCAAAAACUGCUGCAAGCACAAGCAGUCCAACAGUAAAGCUCCUCUCUAAUGCCCUUUGGUACUUAGAUUGUUGUGUGGCCAUCCAGGCUAAAGGCCUCAAAUCAGUUAUUUUACAGACUUCCUCUUCUGUUACUUUCUCCAUGACCAAAGUGCCUAAAGAGAGCGAUGACGUAGACGUCUGCCUGAAAGGGCCUGAAUCAGAGAAUCCCUAACAGGUUAACACCAAGAGUAGAAGCAGCACAUCAUACCCCUGUCUCAUCCUCAGAGUUGUGAUAAGUCCCGAGGAGGGUGGGCGGGGAAGAAUAAUGGCCAGAACUCCGAGGAUGGAUCAUUAAGUGGAAGAGGGAGGGGGCUUAGGUGAAGAGGACCAAGCAGGAAUGGGGAGGGCAGAGCAGUGUAACCAAAGAGCUUACCCACCACUUUAUACUAUCUGCCUUGGAGAACUACCUGUUUUCUCGGAUUCGUCUGUCUUUGAUUUGUUAAAGUAUUGCUGAUGUCUUUUUUGAGGGAGGGGGAGGGUGGGGGGAGGGAGAGGAAGAGAUGAGGGAGAUGAUGGAACUCAUACGUUGUGUGCUUUGUUCUGAAAUAAAAUCAUGCACCUUUUGUUA